UGAUCGUCACGUGGUUAAGGCCACCCACGUUUUGGAUUAUGGGUAAACAUCCAUACUAUCCUCAUCGGCUCUGAGGAAGCCAUAUUCCCCGAGUGAUGUCUGACCAUUCGCGACCGGAGGCGAGUGAUGCGUGGGCUCUUUUAGCCCUAAAAUCAGCCCCAGCUAGUCCUUCAAAACUUCAAUGGAGUCCAGAGAGCGACGGAACUGCAAUAGCUCGCCUAGAAGGUCGGGAGUUCGAAUAUAUGGUUCGUCAGAAGAGGAUUACCAUUGGCAGAAACAGUUCUCGAGGCGAGGUCGAUGUAAACAUGGGACACUCCAGUUUCAUUUCGCGAAAACAUAUUGAAAUAUUCUUUGAACAUCCUUAUUUUUAUAUGCUGUGUAAUGGAAAGAAUGGUGUCUUUGUUGAUGGAGUUUUCCAAAGAAAAGGAGCUCCUUCGUUACAAUUACCGAAAACGUGUACGUUCCGUUUCCCAAGCACCAACAUAAGGUUGGUCUUUCAGUCCUUGGUGGAUGAGGCAGACCCUCCAGUAACUGUUCGUCAGACCUCGCCUGCAAGAUCAAGAGAUCCGCUGCCCCCUCUUAGGAUUAAUAUUCCUGAUCCUGAUGUAAGCUUCAACAGUCCAUUUCCAUCACCUACAGGCACAAUCAGUGCUGCCAACUCUUGUCCAGCGAGUCCAAGAGGGGGGCAUGGUCAUGGCCGGCGCAAUGUCACUUCAGACCUGCAAAUGGUGGCUGCAUAUGCAGCAGCUGUUGCUGUAGGAGGAAACAGUGGGCCACUGCAGACCAUCACUGUUGCUUCAUCAAGCACCGCAGAAGACAGUCAUAGUGGUGUUACGAUGUCUACGUCAGUGCCGAGUCCAGAUAACCACCAUUCAGCAGCACUGGAUGCCAGUCAUAAGCUUUACCGGACAAGUGGGCCCAAUGGAACAGCCACUUCCUGCCCUCCACCGUCCGUCUCAGAACCCUACAGUCCACCAAAGGAUGAUUCCAAACCUCCCUAUUCAUAUGCCCAGUUAAUUGUACAGGCUAUAGCUUCUGCUACAGACAAACAGCUGACUCUGAGCGGGAUCUACUCUUAUAUCACAAAAAACUACCCAUACUACAGAACAGCUGACAAGGGUUGGCAGAACUCCAUUAGGCACAACUUGUCACUGAACCGGUACUUCAUCAAGGUGCCAAGGUCACAGGAAGAACCGGGGAAGGGCUCCUUUUGGCGUAUUGACCCACAGUCUGAAGCAAAACUCAUAGAACAGGCCUUCAGAAGAAGAAGACAAAGAGGCGUUCCCUGUUUUCGUGCCCCAUUUGGUCUUUCUUCUAGGAGUGCUCCGGCAUCUCCGAGCCAUGUUGGGAUGAGUGGACUUAUGACACCAGAAUCGCUUUCACGGGAGGGUUCACCUACACCUGACUCAUACCCAGACAGCACCAUCUCUUCUCCUGUCAUUCAUGGAACACGCCUUGAAGUCAAAACAAGUCAGUCGGCACCUGGUUCUCCUGGCCAUCCAGGAGUAACAUUUGUUACAAGUGGACUGGUGGGUCAGCACCAACAGGUGGCACUGGUAAGCAAGUCUCGACUCAUGCUACCUGCACAGCAGAUCACUGUCGUGACCAACGGUGUGGGUGGAGAAGUGGCACGUGAAGAAAAGUACCUUGUCCCGAAUAGUGCAGCUACCCUUGUUAGCGUGGCAGAAGAACGAUCAUUAUCUCCGGCUUCGUAUUCACAAGCACCUGUAAUAGUCCAGGCUGCUUACACAAACUAUAGUGGAGCCUUUGUAGCCCCUACAGUGCCAUCUGGUGGUGGAAGCAGCAGCAGUAGUAGCAGCAGCAGUUUGGACCAGGUUGGCAGUAGUGGUGGUGUGAAAAGACUUCAUUCAGAGGUUGAUGACAGUUCGCCACCCCUUAUAGUUGGAGGUGGCGAGGCUGACACUACUGUGGUCGAAGAGGGAAAGAAAGCUAGAACAGAAGUCGAAAACUGCGAGUAGUAAGAAGUUCUGAAUACUGUGAACAUAUUUCACUUGUCUUGAAAGGUUGCCAAGAGGUUUGGAAAUUAAAGUUCAGUCAAAGGCAUGUAAGGGUGGUAGUAUAUUAUCGAUAGUAAUUGUAAGUUACAGUGUUCAGUUUGUUCAUUACUGAAUCAACCUAGUGGCUGAUGUUUAAAAUAAUCAGUUACUACAAGUUGUAGGUUUCAAAGAAACUAAAAAGAAGUAUGUUACAUAAAUGUACGUGAAUUGUAUAUAAUACAUUGGUGAAGAGGCUACUUCCAGUUGAUCAUUAUAAUUGCAACUGCUGGUCGAUGGUUCCCAACUUAUGCUUUGUAAUGUGUAUAACAAAAAAUGAUAUGGGAUGCCAUAUUAUCAGAGGAAAUGUAUAUUUUCUGUUAAUUACUUGUAGGGCUGUGUGGAUUGAUUAAAGAGUUGAUUGAUUUAUAAACUAUAAAUAAAUAGAUUGAUCAGGUAUUAAUGGUAAUAUCAGUGACUGGAGUUUAAAAACUGCCAUUGCUUAUGAAAGCAGUCUAUAAACAAAAGUUGUUUCUUGCAAGAAUGGCUGUAGAAUGUGUUUAGUAUAAAUAUGAAUUUUAUAUAAAGUUCCGCAGUCUGGAAGCAUUUGCUUCUACGGUGCACACUAUUGUGGGUAUUCUUUAUGUGAUGGUGUUAUGCAGUGCAGUGAGUUUGGGAACCAUUUACAUGUACUCUACACCAGUUACUUAAGGCAUUUUGUGUUGUUAGGAAGUCAGGAUCAGCUGUGAAAUAAUGUCUUGUUUAUAUGUAAUUGUUUUAAUUUUAUGUUAUUAAUAGAUAUAUCCUAAUUUCUUUUUAUGACUUUUAUUCUUCUGACAAGCAUAAAAUGAGGAACUACAUUAUUUUUCCUGUAUGACACUCCCAUAAAGUGAUAAUAAUCCUUGAUCGUCAUUAUAUAACGUAUGGACGUAUCAAACUGUAUUUUAUUGGAAAUGAAUAAGUGUACAAUUUAUGCCCUUCUACAUAUCAGUGCUGUCAGUUUUCCAUGUGUUUAUAAAAUGUCUUGAGUCUUUCUUUCUGUGUUCAUUUACUAGUUGCAGUUUGUAAAUAAUUGAGAACUGUUCCACUUCGCUUAUAAUAGACUACUUCUUUUUGUUGUAUGUAUAGUUUAAAUUUCCUACAAGCACAAAAUGCCUUCAGAAAUGCAUUGUUAUUUCCUGUUGCUGCACAGGGGUAUUGUAAUAUAUCAGUUAGGGAGGGGAUGAGUUACACAUUGACAAAUAAUUUGCAUGGUGGUUCAAAGUAAUGUAUAUAACUUGAACAGAUGUGAUGCUUGAAAUAUUCAUUAUAUAUAAAGGACUUGGGAAAAGUGUUUCAAGUUACUUCACAUUUCAGCAUUGAAAAAUGAAAAAAAAAUCAAGUACCCUGAAAUUGGCACAUAGUACGUGUUAUAUACGAUUUAAUUUAUUUAGUUUAAUGGAUGUUGCAUCUGUGCAUGGAUACUGCUUUUAAUGUAUGCUCUUAAUCUUAUUCUGUCAUAUGUGGUAAGUACUUUGUGACAUUGAUCUAAAGAUGUGCAGAAAAAUCUGUCCCUUUGAAAGAAAAGACUUGUAGGUUGAUGAAACAGAAUGAAGUACCUACUGUAUUUAUGUGAAUAUAAGCUGCACCUAACUUUUAUUAAGAAAACAAAAUAAGUGAAUCUCAUUUGUAAGCCACAUCAGGAUUUCAAAAUUUUGCUCAAGUUCUAGUUACAAUCAAUUUGUGCACCUAAAAGAUUUCUGUUGCAGCAAUUUCAUGACAACCAGUCACAUGUGCCUGUGGUAGUCACAUAAUAUCUGCAGAUGAUGACCAUUAAAAUGAGAGACCAAAAGAAAGAAACAGCAUGCCUCACUCUCUUCUAGUAUUAUUCAUCAGAAUAGUUGGUAUUAGUUAGUGUAACAAAACCAAACAGCUUAUAUUUGUUUGGCUGCAGAUAUUGCAGUGUGAACACCCUCUACUGUGUCUGGUGUUGGCAUAGUCUACCCAUGCAGAUAGAACAGUAAAGAUGGCUGUCUUCUGGGUUGUUGCACCAUGUAGUCUGGUAGAAGUUUACUGACGUUUCAGAGGUCCUUGCUGCCUCCAUCAUCAGAGUGAUGACUCAUCGCCAUCUUCAGACUCGCCAUCGUUAAAACCUGAAAUCCUAUGCACAUAGAACAGUGUUUGCAUGAAAGAGAAAUGCUGAUAGAAAGAGAUGGAACAUAAUUUCCCCUGUGCUGAUUAUUUAUUUUUAUGCUCUACGCAGCUACUGCGAAAGUUAGGCUGGUUAAAGAUUUUCUUCCCUGCAACCCCUUUACCCAUUUGUGUUCAAGGGCAAGAACUCGAUCCACUGCCAGAACAGCUCUCAUGGCCUUCCAAACAAAGUUUUUUUUUAACCUCCUGUUCGUUCAUGCAGUUACAUUCAUAAAUUCUUCUAUGAAACAGUGGUUUAUGUAUCUACUGUUUUGAAAUACUUGCUUUCAUUCACUACAUCAGAAACCAUAAUGCAAUACAUCUUAAUCCAAUGCUGUGCUUUAGUUUCAGAUGUAAAUUUGAAAAAAAAAAAAUGUAUGCAGCUUAUAUUUGCAUAAAUACAAUAAAAAGUUGUCUGUGCUCAAACACUGCACCAUCAAGCCAAUUGAAGACCAGUAAGAACUUUUUACCCACAAAAUUAACUCUCAACCUUCCAUUUACUAAUUGGGUCAUCUCAUAUGACGGUACUAUCCUCCUGAUUAGCAGCUUCUCAGUCAGGUGAGAUUUCAGGUUCUCAUGGCAACAAGUAUAAAGUUGGCUGUCUUCUGGGCUGUUGUGCCAUGUUGUCUAGUAAACAUAAACUAACAUUUCAGAGGUGGUUACUGCCUCCAUUACCAGGAUGAUGGUGAUGAUGAGGAUGACCCUGAUGGUGGAGGCAGUAAGUACCUCGGGAAUAUCAGUUAUUAUAUGUCAGAGUACGUGGCACAGCAUUUCAAGGAACAGCCAUCUUCAACUUCUCACUUGCUUUAAGCUCACUGAACAACCUGGGAGAAUAUUUUCCAUGGAGACAGGUGUAUUAGUUUAUAUCACAACAAGACACAUUACAUCACUUGAUGGAAAUUGGGGUUCAGAUAAUUUGUAUAUUCUUAAUAUUUACUCUUCAAGAAACACAUAGAAAAUUCAUUUAGUAUGACACCAGAUUUCUUUAUGAAGUACAAAAAAGAAAUACCAUACAUUCAGAUUAUAUUUUAUUCUCUGUUCUUUUACUUGGUAUUCGUAUAAUAUAUUUUUACUGCCUUACUAAGGGUAGCAGACAUGAUAGUAAACAGAAAUUUACUGUGCAUAAACAAACCUGCUGAAUGCCACAUUUCAUCCAUUAAAUUAGCUGCUGCUUGUGAAAAGGGGUAUUAAUGUGAAAAGGAAUGUUUGUUUGUUUUUUCCAGACAAAUGUGGUCUUAUUUCUCCCAAAAUUCUCAACCCUAAAUAUGGGGGCUAAACGGAUUUCUAUGUGUACAUUUUAAAAAUGAGUGGUGUAGCUACAUAAAAUUCCUUCGUAUGUGAAAGCCUCUGACCUGAACAAUAAAGAAGAAAUAUAAAACAAACCAGCUUUCUUUUUAAUAUCUUACUGUUGCCACAAAUUAUUAUCACUUUGUAUAUUGAGAGAUAAAAAGUGGGUUGCUUAGUGUUAACUUUGUGGGACACCCUACCUAAUCUGGCUUAUACACUCCAUAAGCCAUGUGCCCAUACACACCAUUGCCAUACAUUCUAAAUGAACUGUGUUUUCAUAAAUACACCAUAAGUUGGUCUUAUUUUGUGAUGUAUGUGUUAAUUUUACAGUGAAUUAUAAUUAAAAACUUUAGAACACGUGAUCACUGCUUUAUAGCAUCACUCCCAAUACUCUGCUGUUGGCUACCUGUUUGAAAAUAUGACAGAAGGUAACUUUGCAUAUACCAUCCAGCAGGAGAAAGUAAAACUGUGUUCUUAAAGCAUAUUUUGAAAGGACACAUAGGAAUCCCGUAUUCUUUAACCUAAAUGAAAAAAACUUUAUGGGCACUUCCUAUCUACCAGUGGCUUAUGACUAUUUCAUAUCACAUGUGACAUAAAGAACAUCUUUUAAACUGUAGUGUAUUCUUGACUUUUCCAGUCUUGUUUCAUUUCUUGUAGCAUGUUGCUAUCCUUACAAGGUAGCUGUGGACAGAGCAGUGCUGUAUUAUCGUACUUCAAUAUGGGGGCAGAUGUGUUAAAAUUGUCUUACUGUAUAAUAUAUUAAUAUUUCUUUGUGUUGAUAAUAUAAUAUUUUCUAGCUGUUGCUGCUGUCGCUUGCUUAUAACUAAGGCCAGUUUGUUGUGAAAUAAACUUGUGGGAAAUAUGUGCUAUAAGGCAAAAAUAUUCUUUUAACCCCCACCCCCCAUUUGAGACAUAAGGAUAAAUGCUAUUUUCAAAUUUGGAAUGUAUUCUUUGGUGAUCAAACAUGUGAGAAUGGAGUUCAUAACAUUUAACAUCAUACAUUGCAUUCAGUUACCAUGAAGCUUCAAAUUUUACAUUUUAUUUAGUUGGAGUUAAUUAUUCAUAGUGGUUUAUGUUAAGUUUUGUGAAGUCUUUCUCAAAAUGUGCUAUGCUUUAUGUGUAUUUCCCAUCAUUUCUAAGUUCAAAGAAAUAACGUCUGCCUAACAUUACUAUAAUGUGUUUUAAAGAUUGUCAUUGCAAAAUAUGCAGUUUUGCAUUUCUGUUUCUAAUACAGUGAAUCAAAGAUUCAAGAGUUUGAAAAUGUAAACAGCAAUGCUCAAUUAUAUUACAGAGAUAUUGCGUAUUAUGGUGACAUUUCAGGUGCUGUGCCAGAAUGUCGGUGCUUGUAUUCUGUGAUGUGCCAUGUAGUAGUGUGAUAGAAGUUUACUGAUACUUCAGGUGCUUGAUUCCUCCAUCAUCAGAGUGAGGUAAACUUCACCAUACUACAUAGCACAGCAUUUCAGAAUACAGUAAUCUUCACCAUUUGUUGUUCCUGAUUUGGUAGUAUAACUAAUAUAGCAAAGAUAAACUACCAAAAACUUCCUUCCAAUGCAUUGAGGCACUGAAGUGAGGCAAACUUUAUGGCAGGAUGAGACUACACUCAUUGAACAUUAAGUAAGGCAUGACCUUAACUUAGGAAUGUUGAAUGGGAAUUUGACAGUAAAUGCUUUUGUGUAAAAUCAAAACAAAAUAUUACUGUUGCAGUUUCUUAAUAAAUCAAAAUGUUUCACUAAAUUUGGACAAAUUUUUAAAAGAGUAUAUAUAGUUGCCAAUUUUUAUAUAACAGUCUCUGUUAUAAUUAAUUUUUAUGGGUAAAGUAUUAUUUGAAAUAAGAGAACUAUGAAGUUAUAUAUGUCUCCAUUACAAAAAUAAACAGGGUGGUGUAAGGCAGUGUAAAGAAUUACAUUUCUGAGGGCUUAUUCUACAUAGUAAGCUUUGGAAAUUGGUGAUUUCCAUCCCAUGAUAUGUAAACCUUAUGUUUUUUCGAAGUUAAGAGAGUAUCACAGUAGGCAAAAUUAUUUUACUUGUUCAGUCUUUUAUGUUUUUUUCUUAUGUGCACUCAAGUUGAGUAUACUGCCACCUUAUAAGUCAGAUGAAUGUAGUUAUAUUUUGAGAAAUUCCCGCAUUUUCCAAAGCAUAACACAUGCCUUUUUGCCUGCCUGUUAGUGUUGCCUAAAGACCGUGUGUGUCUUAGACCAAAAUUAUACAUCUGCCAUUCUCAAAAUAUUCCCUUUAAAAUCUGGGUACAUCUUAUAAUCCAAGAAAUACAGUACGUGUGUAAGUGGAGAUAAAUAUUGUGGAGAGUAUCAAGUACAUUUUGUGCACUGUUAUUGUGAUAUUGAACUAUAUAGAUAUCCUCUUUCUAACUUUAUUCUGUUCCUUACAAUAGAAAUGUUCCUAAGAAUCUGUACAUGUGGUUUGUUUAUAUAACAGUAACUGUUAGUAAUUAAGAGCGAUUCCAUUGACUGGAAUGUUACAUUAAUAUGCAGCUUGUUAUGAGUGAUAUGGAUUAUUUUGAACCACCCUAUGUACUAUAGAGCUAUUUACUGGAGUAUAUAUGAUCAGCUGCUGUCCUCAGUUUUGAGGGACCACCAUUUUCUGUCCUAAGCAGCCCACAUUCUAGUUUUUAAAGAACAAAAAUGUAAACAUUCUAAAUUUUCUAAAUGAGAAACUGUGUUGUUAGUAUCUAAGAAGAGUGUAAGUAUGUAAGUCUGUAUAAACUUGAACCUUUAAAUAGCUCAUGGGUAGAAGAAAACGAUUAAAUUGUUUGCUUUAUAUAUACUUGUAAGAAGUACAACGUUUUUGCCUUGUUUGCACCAAUUCUUGUUAAACUAAUGUUGCUUGGAGUAAAUUCUUCAUAAUGUAAUUUUCAAAGAUACCACGUAUAGUCAGUAGGAAAAGUUUAACAUGGAUUGUUACAAACAUGUAGCAUUCUUUUAUGCGUACUGUUUAGACUUGUAUGUUAUUGUAGAUUAUUUGUACACACCAUUGUAAAUGUUAAUAUUUCGUGAAUAACUACAGGAAGAACGUGAAAAUAUAUUAUUUACUUACUAAUACAUACAUAAUAUAUACAUAUGAAAUAGGCAAUAAUAAUCAAUUUGUUCCUUCUGUGAUUUGGUCCAUUAAAACAGUUUAUUUGUGGUUUUAGUAGUUUGUUUAGAUUGCACUGGAAAGAUAAUUUUUAGAAGAGAUGAGAAGAUUGACAUAACAGAAAGACUAAAUAUUACAUGUUUAAGUAUAAUAGAACAAAAAAUUGUCACAUUUUUUUUGGCAGUUUUAUAUCUGAAUAAGAUUACAUUUUUCAUUACUUCAGUUCAUAAACAUAACAUAACAUUGUUUAUUUUAUAAUCAAGCAUUGAUGCUAAAUUAGUUGGUAGAUCAUGUGAUGUUAUUGACUGAUACUUGUAUAAAUCAUUUUUUCGGAAAACAAACUACAAUGUAUUUAUAUAAACAGCCUUGCUUUCUUGAAACACCUGGUUGUAUUUGCAUCUUCCUCUUCAUGCUAAAUAAUUUUUGUGCACUGAAGGUUGGUAUUCUGAAGUAGUUGGAACACACCUUUCUACGUGCAUUUUCCAGCUUUAAUUGCAGGAAUCACUACUUAUUACCACUACAGACAAAACAUACCAAAUGCAAAUUUGUGUUGAGUAAGUUAAAUAAUGUUUACAUGCAAGACAAGAUGAAACUUCAGUACAUGCUAUCCCAGUUUUCUGUUAUAUGUGUGAGAGAAAUACCAGUAUAUUUCUGCAGCAUCUGUAUGUUUAACUGUAUGUAAUAAAUUUGAUCACAAAACUUUA